AUGACCUUUGAGGACACACUGGAGAACGAUGGAAUUACCAAAGGGAUUAAUGAUAAGAAUAAUAAGGAAGAGGAAGACAUGCAUGAUAGUAAGAAUUCAACUCCUGGCUUUAUAACCACUCAACAGCCCCCAACAUCCACAUUGAACCCUUUUGCCAAGGAGUGGAGUCCUGCAACUGAAGGGCCGUCAUUGGUCGAUCGGUCCUUGUUCAUGACAUUCUCACGGGGUCAUCCACUGUCGAAAUGGGAAAUUGUUAGCUAUUUUGAAAGGAACUAUGGGAAUUGCGUAGAGGAUGUCUUUAUCUACAUGCCAAGAAAUGGACGUGCAGAAUUUGGAAAAAUUACAUUCAAGGUCUCCUCCAUUCCAAGGUUGGUUCUCAAGGACAAGGAGCGUGAAAAGAUCAACAUCGGAGGCAAAAACCAUACGCUUGAGGAAGUACAAGUCUCGUUAAAUUGCUGUUAG